AUGAUGUAAUGCCAUACUGCAUAAAAAUUACUUAGUCUACUUGAGUGUAACAAUGAAAUAAUAAUUACUUGAGUCAUCCUGUCCAUUAGUAUUGAAUUCCUCCAUUGUGAGUAAUUGAAUUACAUGUAGAUACUCCCUAUAACCAUUAGGUGGAGGCAUUCAAGUGUUACACCUGCAGUUUCUUGCCUCUCUUCAGGGCCUUGUGGCUUCUAAACACUGUUUGAUAACCAGGUGCAUUGCUGUAUGGCUACAGUUCAUCCUUCAUCUCAUUGAAACUUCCCGCAAGAUAACGCGCCAUAUCACAAAGCACACGUUAAUGUAUCUCAGAAUGGUACCUAGAGCAUGACAGUGAGUUCAUUUACAGUACCUGAGUGGCCGCAAUGGAUGCAAUUAAUAACGUGGGAAGUGAGUGUAGCCAGUAUGUGUGUCUAGUUAAGGAUGGCUGUCAGUGUUUUGGAGAAUGAACAGAAAUCAUGUGUUAAAAUGUGCCAACAAAGUGAUUUUGUUGAAAGUAACAAAAUGCUGUGUGUCAUUUGGUCGGUGACGGUUCCCCUUACAGCUAACCCAGCCUUGCUUGGUGAUAGGUCAUAGUUGGCCUUCCGUUUCAUCCUAUCUUGCACCCAGGUUUUUAAUCCUGUGAAUAAACAGACAAUUAUUUUAUUUUUUUAUAGAUGAGUGGCCCCUGAUUUGUGCAAAGUCACUCCUUAGGAGCACGAUUGUGUUGCUGUGGCCGGGAGCUGGAAUCCUGUUUCGCAGCAUGUUGACUGUCUCUGUUAAAAACCAAGUGACUUGGAAAUGUAUUUUUUUCAUUUUUUUGGUCUACAGGAUUUCAUGGUUCAUCCCUAAAGGGAAAGAGCAACAUAUAAUGUAAAGUAAUUUGUAAAUUCAUAUUUGUUUUAUUGUAGAAAGGCAUGAUUGACUGUACUGACAGAGAUGUGAUAUGUAUGGAUUAGGUACUGUUUGUUAUGUAUAGGCCGUAUACAUUUUAUAAAUGUAUGCGCACUCUUUUCUGUUAUGUUAGUCUUAUAAAAUUGUCUACUUACUUAGUUGGUAAACGAUACUGUAGCCCAACAAUGUAAUGUUUAUCUGUUUAUACUUUACAGAAGUAUGAGUGUGUAAGACAAUUCUUCCCUUUUUAGGCAAUAAAUGUUAUCUCCUCUUUAUUUAGAUAGCAUUCCAAAUCAUAUUGCAUCGAAAGAACUCAGCCCCCUAAUUCCUUUGUCAGUGAAUAAUACCCAAGACUUUGUCAGUGUUAAAUAAACCCAAAGUGAAACCUCUGGCGUGAGCAGGAAAAACAUAAUCUUAAUUGACCCCACGGUUAUCUUUUACUUGUGUCUCUGUUGACAUUAUGACUGCAAAGUAACAUGGGAAGUCAAUAGUCAGACAAGGUGCCUGUUGUGGAGGUUGGCUUUUGUGGUCAAAGGUACGUCACAUGACUGAAAACCUGGAAACGGGCCUUUGAGAGACAGUAAUAUAUACAGUAGUAGUUUCGGUUGUCCCUCUGAAUGUCUUUCUGUUAAUCCACUACUUGCUGAAAGCGGUACCAACAUGACACAUCAAGGCAACAUGGGCUCUGUUAACUCCACCUGUGACAGUGACAUAUCCCUGAACGUCUUCCUGCAUUAUUCUCUUAUUCCAUCGUUUGUCAUUAUGUGUGUGCUGUCGGCCCUGCAGAGGAGAUCCAAACACCUGACAAUCGAUGAGAAGCUCCCUUUUCUCAACAACCGAUUUGGAAUUGUCGUGCCUCUGGAUCUGAUUGGGAGCCUUAGCAACAGGUGGUCCUUUGGGUUUGCCUUUGGGGCCGUGUCCUCCAGUGUCUUGCAUCUGUUCUCGGAGCACUACGUGCCCUUUAAUGUCCCACCAUGGGCCAAAGCGUUUGUCUACCUUGUGGGGGCGAUCGAGGUGGGCCUGGCUUAUUUCCCUUUCUUUGCGUGUCUGUCCACUCCUUCCCGAGAGGUUGGGGCCAUGCUGGGAAUUCUCUACUCUCUGAUGUGGUUAAUCGUCACACUAUGGGAUACAGUGUCAUGUCCCACUGGUAAGGUGCUGGGUAGUCAUCAGAAGCUAAUCUACCAGUGGCCUACCAUUUUGUCUCUCUUUUUCCUCCUGGGACGGUUCACACACAUGCUGGUCAAAGCUGUUCGGAUUCACCUGAAGCUCGAAAAUUAUCAACAGGAACAGCUAAUGCAGGGUCACCAGGCCCUGCAUGUGCAGAGGUUGUUCAAGAGGAGCCCUAUUAACCGGAACACCAGUUGGUUUCAGAGGAGGAUCUAUGAGUGGGACCCUCACUUCAAGUUCCCCAACAGAAUGAUCGGCACCACCAUCAUUUCCUUGAUUGGCUUGUAUACAAUAACGUUGGCUGACUAUAGCAUCAGUGACUAUGCGUUUGAUAGAUUGGAUGUUCUAAAAGACCAGCUGGAGAAUCUUGCUAACUCCUGCAAUGCCUCCUGCAAUGAGACAAAGAUAUUUGCAGCCAUGGUCCCCCAACUGGAAGAAUUCAUUGACGUGGCCAGAAGUAAGGAGCAUGAAUCUUGGCUCAUCACAACCAUCUUUUCCAGCUUAACAUCUGUGACACACAUAUUCCACGUGUUAGUGUGUUACCGGAAACAUUUAAAGAGAUUGUGGGCAGGGCAAAAGGACUUUCUUCCUAAGAGGUUCCGUAAUCCCAGUUCAUCCGUCAGUGUGGCUGCCAUCACAAGGUACUCAGGAUGGCAAAUAGCAUUUACAUUGUGGGGUUUUCUCAUAGUUCAUUAUGUCCAGUUCGUGUUUGCUUUGCUGUUCACCUACGGAGUAAUACUUCCUAUUCAAAAUGGAAGAGUAUUGAAAUUGCUGAGCAUCCUGGGAACCAUUCUUUUGACCGUAGGUAUCAUUAUAGGACUGAUUGUGCUGCAGGUGGUGUUGGUACAAGUGUUCUUUCUUCAGGACAAGAUCUCACCCACAGACGAGCAUAAGCCUCUGGCACUUAACAACAGGAAGGCGUUCCACAACUUUAAUUAUUUCUUCUUCUUCUACAACGUGGUGAUGGGACUGAGUAAUUGCAUCUUUCGACUGCUGGCCAGUUGCGUGCUGGGGUCUUGGCUGGUGUCACGCAUCGACCGAACCAUCAUGCAGAGGGGAUACGAGUCCAUGGACCCAGGUUACAACACAUGGAUUGGGAUGAUCUUCACCGACCACCACCACAACAACCCUGUCAUGGUGUGCUUCUGCCAUUUUCUUCUAUCCAACCCCCUCAAAAGGCAACAGAGGUUGACCGAGGCAGCAACGUACUCCACAUUCAGCAACAUAUCUCCGUCAGGCUAUGAAAGUCGGGCCAGGCGGCGAUGGCUGCUGCUCUACACGCUAAUGAAGAACCCUCGACUGAUCCUCCUGAGGAAGAACCUGAGCUCAUCCGCCUGCAGCCACACUGACCACCGUGACACCGUGUCCCGGGCCUGGGUGCUGGCUUCUCAGAUCAGACACGCACCAGCGCCAACGGCCACUGCCACUCCCACUACAGUCAUAUCAGAUCAGACGAUGGCCGAUGGUUUUAAUAACAUUUAGUAAACUUCCACACAUUUUUGAGACACAUUUUGACUUGUGUGUGAUAGUACUGGUACAACUGGACAAUUCUUCUGUAGGCUCUUUAAGUUCAUUCAUUAUACUUAUGCUGUUUUGGUUUAUACUUAUGCUGUUUUGGUUCAUGCAAUGAAUAAUAAAACAUAAUGCAUUGUAACUUCACACUCAAAAACACACAAUUAUAGGCUAAUAUGAAAGAUAAUGGGAUGAAGUGGAUUAAGCGGUCAUUUUCCCUGGCCUAAAUGUCUGUAUGUUUUUGUCUAGUUAAUUUCAAAUGUUGACAUUUUUGUUUGCAUAAUUAAUUGUAAUAGGAAUACCGUUGACACAAUAAAAUAUAUAAUUUCAA